UCAUCAUCUCUUCUCUCUUAGACAUAAACCCUAAUUUUCUCUACCUUGGAAACUUUUUUCUUCUCUAGUUUUGGUUAAUUUAUAAUUUCUUGUGAUGGGCAAUUACAUCUCUUGCACUUUGGCUCCUCCAUUGAUGAAGAACACAAGGUCAACACGUGUGAUCUUUCCCACGGGUGAAGUGAAGCAAUACAAGGAGCAAGUGAAUGUAGCUGAGCUUAUGAUAGAGUGUCCCACAAACUUCUUAACCAAUUCAAAGUCUCUACACAUUGGACGAAGGUUUUCACCUCUUGGUGCCGAUGAAGAGUUGGAGUUUGGCAACCUCUACAUCUUCUUCCCUAUGAGAAGGCUCAAUUCCGUCGUCACCGCCGCCGACGUGGCGGCGCUCUUCAACAUGACGGCCAAGCGGAUAUAUGGAAUUAAAGAUUCAAUAUCAUGUGAUCAUUCGAUUGAUGGAGUUGAAGUUAAAGAUUUAGGAUCAUGUGACUCUACCUAUGAUGUUGGAGUAAAUAAUGAUAUCUCGAGGUUGAGUUUGGAAGGGUUUGAAAUUGAAUUAGGGUUUCGGAAUAGGUUAAGUUAUUGUAGGUCAAAGAAGCCUGUCUUGGAAACCAUCAAUGAGGAACCCAUUUGGUUAAGGGUGAAAAAAAGUGAAAGUAAAUAAUGA